AUGAGGACGCUUCACGACAGGAUUAAUGAACUUGUCUCUCUUUAUACUAAAAGUUCACCCCUGCUAGAGGACAACUCUCUUAGCGUAGAAUACUUGUUAGACACAAUCGUUUGCCUGUCUUAUGAAUGCAAACUUCCUCAACACAAAAAUGAGAGGAACUGCAUUAAGUUCUAUAAUGCUGUUAAAAAAUACGUCGAUAAGAUUGAGAGUUGUUGGAUAUCUAAGUCAGAAUUUGAAACCAUAAGACUGAUUGGAUCGGGAGCCUUUGGAGACGUAUCAGUUGUUAAAUGGAAAAAUGAUGGAAGAAUAUAUGCUUUGAAAUCUCUCCAUAAGUACGAUAUGCUUAAACGUUCAGACAGAGCAUGCUUUCAAGAAGAGCGUGAUGUAAUGGUGAAGGCAAUGGUCAGUAAAUCUCUAUGGCUGGCAAAAUUACAUCACACAUUUCAGGACGAAAAGUUUUUGUAUUUUCUCAUGGAUUUCUACAAUGGCGGGGAUAUGCUUACAAUGCUGAGCAAGUUUGACGACAAGAUACCUGAAAACAUUGUACAGUUCUACGUUUCUGAAAUGGUAUUAGCCAUUGACUCUUUGCAUCAACUGGGUUAUGUUCAUAGAGAUAUAAAGCCAGAUAAUGUGUUGCUACAAAGCUCAGGUCACAUUGUCCUUGCUGAUUUUGGUUCCUGUUUAAAACUUGGCGAAAAUGGGUUAGUGAAAAACAAUACAGCCGUUGGGACACCAGACUAUAUAUCACCAGAAAUUUUGCGGGCUUCAGAAGAUGGCCAUGGGACAUAUGGUGUUGAAUGUGAUUACUGGUCUCUCGGAGUCGUGAUGUACGAAAUGCUCUUCGGCGAAACGCCUUUCUACAGUGAAAAUCUCAUCGAAACUUAUAGUCACAUUAUGAACUUUGAGAAACAUUUUACCAUUCCGACUGAUUGUGUAAAAAUUUCCGAAUCAGCAUGUGACCUAAUACGACACCUGAUUUGUGAUCGGAAACGAAGGUUUGGUCGAAAUGGAAUAGAUGAGUUGAAGGGUCAUGCUUUUUUUAAUGGCAUCGAUUGGGAACAUAUUCAUGAACAAAUUCCUCCGUACAUCCCCGAAGUCACCAGUCCAGAUGACACUUCCAAUUUUGAUAUUGAACAAUCUUCUCGAAAUCACGAAGGGCCACCACUUGGACCGAUUUUCCGAGGAUGUCAGGUUGCAUGCAUUGGAUUUACAUUCACGAACAACUCACCACUGAAUGAAUUAGGUCCUACACAUUAUAGGAUGACAUCAAAAGAUAAAUUGGAAUGUCCUGAGGAAAUUUCUAAACCUGAAAGUUCUGAUGAUAGUGAAAUAUUAAACCCCUCAAAUGCAUCGAAGCUCAGUAGUGGGAUACGUGAACCAGCUCUGAUUGAACUUAUUGAAGCUUUGAAGACAAAAUGCGAAAACUAUGAAAUGCAAAUAACGGAAUUAAAAGACACAUUGUCGUGUUAUCGGGAAUCCAAAGGUGAUCAAGUAUCUGUAAAACCAGAGUUGGAUCCCAUAACAAUUGAUUUGGGAAAGCAAGAUGUAUCAUCCGGUGACACUUCGACUGUUAAUACCAUAACACGACAAGUUGAAAUUUUGUCUCAAAAACUUAAAGAAUCCGAAGCCCAGAAUCAACUGAUUUCAGCUACUGUAGAUCUACUUAAAAAUGAACUCUCAGAACAACAUGAGAUACGAGAAAAACUACAGUCUGAAGUACAGGCAUUCGAAGAAGAAAAUGAAACACUAUGUAAGCGUGCUGCAGAUGCUCAGUUAGCUAUCAGAUUGUUGGAGUCAGAGCAUAGUGAGUUGUUAUCUGAGAUAGCUCGAUUACGUGGAGAAUUGACUUCACAUCGUGGGUAUGAUAAUCGCACUGCAUUAAAUGAUGUACAUGAUUUACUGCAUAAAAAUGAAUCUAGAAGCUUAGAAAACGGCGUAAAAAAUCACAAUAUCUCCAUAUCAUCGUCUUCUUCGUCAUCAUCAACAAAUCUAGUCAAUGGAACACAACAUUCACAUAUUAACAACCAUUCAUCAGAUUCUGAUCUACGAGAACGUUUGUAUGAAAGUGAAACCAAGCUAAAACGAGUCAUGGAAAACCUAAUAGCAGUGAGACAUGAAGCACAAAGUUUUAAAUUAGGCUGGGAGUCAGAACAAAAAGAAUGGAUGAAAGAACGCGAGUUGUUAGAAGAGAAGAUUAAGAUAUCCGUUGAUCAAAAGACUGUCGCGUUAGAAAAUGAGUUGACCAAACUUAAAGAGAAUAACGCUGAACUUGAAAAUAAUAUAGGUAAUUGGGAACGCCAUCUAUUCGAGUUAAAUCAGUGGGUUGAUGAUGAACGUGAAGCGAAAGAAAAACUGCAUAAUUUCACAAUGCGUUUAGUGUCUGAAUUGGAUACACUUCGUGCUUCAGGUUUGGUACAAGAUUAUAAUCAGAAUGGUGUAUGUCCUAAUGGUUAUCAAUCAUCAUGGCGUGCAAACGAUGUGAAUUCCUUAGCCUAUGAUAGUCCUGCACAAAGUGUUAUUGUUGAUAGUACAUUGGACUGGCGUCAACGUAAAUCUACUAAGUUAAAUAAAAUGGAAAGAUGGAGUCAUGAGGUAGCUUUAAACAAUGAGGUAAAAGCAAGGGAACAAGCAGAACUCCGUUUGCAAGAAGUUGAGGCUCGUUUGAAAGAGAUGUAUGAUCAAAUUAAUCAAAAAGAUUUGAAGAUUAAGGAACAAGAUCGUAUCAUCGAACAUCUCAAUUCUCAAUUACUUGAAGCCUCCAACCAGGCACGUUUAUGUCGUAUGAAUAAUGACUCCGUCAACGAUGCAGCCAGUUUUAUGCCGAAGGCAACUUCGGAAAAAAACGCAAUGGAUAACAGACGUUCUCUCCCUUCACUUGAUAUUAAUAGCCCAUAUACAUCGACACCAGGACAAAACUCAUGGACUACUUUGGAUGCUUCUGGAACGUCACAAACAUCUACUUUAACACACAAAUUUACUUUUGUUACGUUUUUGCAACCAACAAAAUGUCACGUUUGUGGCAGUUUGAUACUAGGUCAGAAGUGGCAAGGCGUUCAGUGUCAAGAUUGUCAAUUAAAGUGUCAUCAUCGGUGUCGCAUGUCUGUACAUAUUGUUUGUACUGCGCCUAAUUCGAAUUGUAUUGAUGGUUCACCCGGCUUUGGUGCUGAUUUUGAAAGUGAUGUAAAGAUGCCCAAACUAGGUGGAAUCAAACGUGGAUGGAUGAAAUAUCGUGUAUUUUUAUCAGAUAAGCGCCUAUUCUUUUAUGAUGUUGUUUCGGAGUCGUCGAGUAUUGCAGCUUUAGGUGGAAGCGGCAAUUCGUUAUCUCCAACUUUUCAAAAUUUCCACUUAUCAAAUAGUCAUAAUGUUUCUUUGAGUUCAUUAAAUACGUCCACAAAUUCCAUGUUCCAAUCAAACAGUCCAAGUCGAAUUGUGGAUUUACGUAGUUCCGGAUUUUCUGUAUCUUAUGUAACCGCAUCUGAUGUAAUCCAUGCAAAGCAACAAGAUAUCCCAAAAAUAUUGAAGGUUGUUGUGGAUGAUUAUCUUCCAAGCGCUCCAUUAUUUCUCUUAUUUGAAAGCUCUGCACUUUGUGAAUGUUGGUUUAAACUAAUUCAAGAUGUAUUAAAAUUAGUACAACGUCAUAUUAGUACUGAUAAUGAAUCGCAGUGUUUACAAGUGCGUGAUGUUUCUGUCUCUUCUGUCUCUGUGAUACUGAAACAAAUCAAUUGUGCUUCAGUUUUAGAUGAAUAUCGAUUCUUGGCUGGGACGGAUGAAGGACUCUAUAUUGUUGAUAUCAGACAAAACAUAAAUACACGCAUAGGUGCACGUAAACCAGUUUAUCAAGUUGAAGCAUUAGCUGAAGAACUUCAACUAGCUGUUGCUAUACAAGGUAAACAACGAUUCCUAAAAUUAAUACUGGUUGGAUCAUUUGAAGGAAUGAAUUUAAAACCAAUCAAAAUUACUGAACCAAAAUUAUGUACUCGAUUCACUUGUUCAAUGAGUCGAAACAAUACAGUUUGUUUGAUUUGUGUGGCCAGUAAUCGUUCAUUGUUUAUUUUUGAAAUUGCACGCGUACAAGGAAGACAUAAACGUUUAAAAGAAAUUUCAUGUCCGUAUAUUGUUCAAUCUAUCAAUUUCGUUCGAGAUGGUGAUUGGAUAUGUGUUGGAUCAUCAAAUUAUUUUGCUAUGUUUAGCAUAUGGACUGAUGGACCCGCGCAAGUUUUAUUACGUGGAGACCUCAUUGACCUUGACUCCAGUCUGGCAUUUUUCCAACACUCACCGUCAGAAGCUCAUUGUGCUGUUCAAUUGGGAGAUGAUGAGUUUUUGUUAGCAUUUGAAAAUUGUGGAGUCUAUAUGAAUAGCAAUCGUAAAAAAACACGACCAGAUAAUCUUAUGUGGCCUGCUAAACUUAUUUCCGGUACUGCUGUUAGCUUUUCCUAUCCGUAUUUAUAUGUAUUUACGGAGGCUGGAUUAGUUGUUUUUAAUGCUGUCACUAGUUGCUGGGUUUCAACACUUAGCUCCUGUCGUGUUCAACCUUUAAGUAUGGAUGCACAUUUAUGUCUUGCACACCUAUCAUCAGCGUCUGUUUCAAACUCAUCGUCUCGUAAAUCAGCAAUUGGUAGUAUCAUAGAUUCUUCUACCGGCAAUGUUGCUACACCUUCCCCACCAUACGUUUCUCCAAGUGAUUUAGUUUCUGGUCAACAACAACAACAACUGUUACGGUUGAUCCACUUACCUCAGACAUCCGAUAGCAAAGAAAUGUCGAAACAGCAAGUGUCGGCAUUGCGAAGUAGGCGAUUACAAAUGCCUCAGUCUAGUAUCUUUGGUGUUACUGGGCGCAUGCGUAAAUCUAGUCGCUUCAAUUUGUACUCUCUUGUGGAAGACAGUUUAUCAGGUACUUCCCAUGGGAUUAGUCCUGAAAGAGUAAGAAAUUUCCGUUCUCAAUCACAACAUCGGACUCCACAAUCAUCUGUGCAAUCAACCGUAUCAUUGAAUCCAACAAGUGGAACUUCUCGUAUAUCAAACCUUAUUUCAGGUCCUUCAGACUUUCGUCACAUUUCGCACAUGGGACCUCAAAUAACAGGUGCACCUCUUUUAGAUCUCAAUUCUAGCCCAGGGGAACCACCUCUCACAGAGGCUGAACGAAUUGCAAGAUUCAAGUCUGUAUUGGAUGAAAAAUGUGGUAUUUCACCCAAUUAUUGUGGUGACGGUAAUCGCAGAGGUUCUUCACCCAAUAAUAUUUCCAAUGUUUCACUCCACCUUCCUUUUUCCGACCCAAGCAACUCACCACAUGGUUUUUUUCAUAAUGCUUCAUUGACUCAGAUAUCGACGAUGACAAAAUCUCAAUCAAGACAAUCAACUCCUUUUACACACAGAUUAAGUCUAACUGAUUUAGAAUGUAGUGAAGAUCAACAUUAUAUGGAUCAAAAACUUUCUUUUAAUAUUGCACCCGGUCAAUCCCAACGUGCUCGUUCUUCAUCGUUACGUCCUAGUGUAAAAAAUUUACUUUCCAAUUUAGGUGAUGUAACCAGUAUGUAUAAUAAAAAUUCCUCUUCUAAAUCGGGAUCUCAUAAACGGAUUAGUGAUGCAUCAUCUUGUUGUCAAAGUAAUGUAUCAUCUGUGGAGAAAAACAAUGGAACUGUUACUACACCAACUUCUUUUCCAUCACUUCGAAUUUCUAAUUCACCAAGUAUUCAAGAUACAGUGAUGGCAUUAUUUUCAAAGCUUUCUGAUGAUAGCCCUUCUUGUCCUUAA